CAUUAUUGUUUGGUGACAGUGUCGAUAAAAGUUUCUACUGGCAAUAAAAGAAAUAUAUUAAUUUUGCAAUUCAUUUAUAUUUUAAUAAUGUUUAUGUCAUUAGUUAUAUUGCUGAUAUAGGAUAUUUUCGUUUUUCUCAUUGUACAUAUUUAUAUCGACCGGCAGUUGCAUCUUAAUCCAAGUCUGGAAAAUGGAUAAAAAGAUCUCGUCAACUUCACAGCCACGCAUUUUAAAAAAGAAACAUUUCCGGGUGAAGCAUCAAAAAGUCAAACUUUUUCGAGCCAAUGAACCAAUUCUCAGUGUAUUCAUGUGGGGAAUAAAUCAUACUAUAAAUGAAUUAAGCCAUGUAAACAUACCAGUAAUGUUGCUGCCGGACGACUUUCGGGCGUAUUCGAAAAUCAAAGUUGAUAACCAUUUGUUUAAUAAAGAGAAUAUGCCGUCACACUUUAAAGUAAAGGAAUACUGUCCUCUUGUAUUCCGCAAUUUGCGUGAACGUUUCGGUGUCGAUGAUGUUGAUUAUCGUGAAUCAUUGACCAGAUCACAGCCUGUGCAAAUUGAUUCUUCCGGUAAAUCAGGAGCACAAUUUUAUCAAAGUUAUGAUAAAUUCUUUAUAAUUAAAAGUUUAAAUUCGGAAGAAAUCGAACGCAUGCAUGCUUUUCUCAAACAUUAUCAUCCAUACGUUGUUGAAAGACAUGGAAAAACGCUUUUGCCCCAAUAUCUGGGCAUGUACAGGAUUACUGUGGAGAGCGUGCAAUACUAUUUUGUUGUUAUGCGCAAUAUAUUCAGCUCUCAGUUGACAAUACAUAAAAAAUUUGACUUGAAGGGCAGUACAGUUGAUAGAGAGGCUUCUGAAAAAGAGCUGGAGAAACAUUUGCCUACACUUAAAGACAAUGACUUCAUAAAACAAAAAGUCAAGUUGGAAAUUGGAGAUGAACCUAAGAAAAAAUUACUGGAUACUCUCAGCAACGAUAUUGAUCUUCUAAUAAAGCUGCACAUUAUGGAUUAUUCUUUGCUGGUUGGUAUACAUGACUGUGUGCGAGCUGAGGAAGAGGCUCUCCAUGGAGACAGCACUUUAGCAACUGGACGCAGUGAGAAUAGCGAAAGCGAAGAAUGCGAUAGUGGUGAACGCUGGACGUAUAACACACCACCCGAUUCGCCAAGAGGUGCGCAAUAUAAGGAAGUUGUUUAUGAAGUCGACAUCUAUGCUAUUCCAAGUAUUGAAGAAAGACGAGAAAUCUAUUUUAUUGCAAUAAUCGAUGUUCUCACACAAUAUGGAGUCAAGAAGCAGGCAGCAAAAGCAGCAAAGACAGUUAAAUACGGUAGUAAUGUUGAUGGAAUAUCAACAUGUGAUCCUGAACAAUAUGCCAAAAGAUUCCUGGAAUUUAUGGAUAAAGCUAUAGAAUAGAAAAUAUUUAAUUGUAUUUGCCACAUUUAAACUACACAUCAUGAAUAAAAUAAAUACAUAUGUCGUUGCAA